UUGUUAGAUUUAGCCAAACAUUCAAGAGUAGCUAAAGGUGGACACGAAGUGCAAGUACUUCCAGUCAAAUCAAGCUGUCACGAAGGUUACAGCCCCCCUCCAAAUAAAAUGUCAGUGCCCUUCUCCAACACUCACCUGCGGGUCCCACGAGGGUUUGGUGCCGUCCUGGAGGGACUGGCCCGAGAAGUCCUGCGAGACCAGCCAGAAGACAUCCCCACAUAUGCUGCACACUACUUCGAAACUCUUCUCAAGCAAAGAGAAGAGACUGGCAUGGACCCUGGUGAAUGGGCUGCUAAACUGGAGGACAGGUUCUACAACAACCAUGCAUUCACCUCUGAGACUGGUCCUGAAAAAGAACCACCAGCAGAAGUGACCACAUCCAAAGAAAAAUCAGAUGAAUCUCAACCUGAAGACGAGUCGAGUCAUUCAGCGGAAGCCUCAAAUCUUUCCACCGCACAACCCUAUGUAUCUGAAAAGGCUGAUUUAACUGAAAGCACAGAUGAAGAAGAAAAACUCAACAUUACAGAGAAACACACUACUUCAGUGGAAACAGAACUUUCUGAAGAGGAGCCACUUAACAGGUUCCCAAAUGCUGAUAUACAGUCAGAAAUGGACUGUCACAAUGAGGAGUGCAGCCGGCCCCAAGAGGAGGAGGACAUCAUGGACAUUCCUCUGGAUGACCCCGAGGCCAACAGGGCUGCCGCCAAGAUCCAGGCUGGGUUCCGUGGCCACAUGACCCGCAAGAAGAUGAAGCCGGAGGACAAAGCAGAGGGGGAGGAGGUGAGCAGCACUGGGGAUGUGCUCAACGGCAGCCAGGGGGACUCAGAGACAGGAAGAUCGGGGGCAGUAGAGAGAGACGACACAUCUGUGCCAGAACAGUGACGCCCCUGUCCUGACCUGGAUGAACAGAAAGACGGGAAGCAAGGUAGUGAGAGAUGGCUGGCAUACGCUGGCUAGGCUGGCUUUCAGGCACACCUUUUUACCCCAGGAGUCAUUUUCUUUUUUCACACAAAUUAGCAGUAGACAAUGAACAGUUUUUUGAGGGCGUGUUAUGUGAAUUUUGUGAACUUUAACACUCCUUCUCUGCUUCUUCAGCAGCCUCAUCAGUACGGAUGUCUUUGACCCAGAAUUUGCAACUCACUGCAUGUACUUGUGAAACUUCUGGUAGUGUGCUAGUUUUUAGAUGAUGAUCUGUGAAUGUGAAAAUGAAUGUCCUCUAAAUGCUAAACAGGGCUUUUUUUGGAUGGAUCAGUUCAUACCGUCUGUGUAUAAACCUUGUAUGCAUCACUUUUGGUGACUAGUGGCUUAAACUAUAUGUUAUUUUGCAUUGUUUCCUGAUGUGCUUGUAUCUUGACUAUUAUUUAUCUAUUUGACUUGCUUACAAAAUGAUUAAAACAUCAAAAGAGAAGUA